GAGAGAGAGAGAGAGAGAGAGAGAGAGAGAGAGAGAGAGAGAGAGAGAGAGAGAGAGAGAGAAUCGGUCGGAUUGACAAUUUCCUGAUGGGAGGUGCUGCUUAUCAGUUCCCCCAAAUCUCUUCAACUAAGGCGGUCAGAACACACAGGAGCUGCAGGCGAGCAAUGGAUCAACUCUGAGAUCAGAACUUCAUCUGUAAAUCCCUCCAACCUGAACUGUUGGACUUAUUAUCAUUUUAUUUUUGGAGAUGUCAGUCUCUAAACAAGCAGCUCUCAUCAGAUCUUCUGGGAUGAUUCAGCGGAAGAAGGUGGUGCUGUCUGUCCUGCGACAGCUCCAGGAGGCCGUAGAGAGCGCAGGCCUGGACACUGUAACCAGAGUGGCCAUGCACGUCCACCAGCUCCUCACUCCUUUCCAGCUCCCAAAGACCCCCUUUCAGGAUUUUCCCGAGUGGAUACAUGUGGACAACACAGCUCAUGGUUUAUACCCAGCUGAUGCACCUGUAGGUCUCCUGCCUUUGAGGUGUAAUGGAGAAGGCAACCUGCUGUUCGAUGCUGUUAGCAUGCUGCUUGUAGGCAACACUGGGUUGAGCUUGGAGCUACAGGUAAGAACUGUGGUGGAAAUGGCCUUGUGGAAGAGAUACUAUUUGGCUGGAAUGAUCGAUUCUAAAAUGAUGCUCCAAGCUGUUCGCUUCAGUUUGUGCGCUGAAGAGUCUGAGGACAUGCUGAACCUGCCCGUAACCGUCCUGGAGGCCAUUUUUGAUGCUGAUGUCAAAGCCUCCUGCUUCCUUGGCUCCUUUGCUAACAUGUGGCAUGUCUAUGCUCUUUCCUCGGUUCUUCGGUUCAACAUAUACUCCAUCUACCCCAUGUUCAACUUCAAGAUUCGACCCUACUUCAACCGACUCAUACGCCCAAGAACCUGGCCCGAAGUCUCAGAGCCACACACCAUACACAUAAUGUGGUCUGGGGAGUUGCAGUCUGAUGCAUUGUUCAAGCCUAAAUAUUUUGUCGCCCUUGUUCAGGCAAACAAGCCCAUUUCUGGGACCCCUGAAAGUGAGCGGAAGGUGCCUCUGCCUAAUAGCGAACCAAAGCUGAACCAGGAGUUGCAGUUUUCUCUCCCCACGCCAACAGAUAAUGUCACCAAGAAGACCUUUGAUUGGAGGAAGAAGACCCAGGAACACCCCAAAAAAUCGACAGCUAUGUAUGAGGCAAAACAUUUCCUCCAGGCCUGCUACUUAGAGGGUAAGCUCGUCCCUUUGCACAAGUUCAAGGAGUUUUUCCCUGAGAUCUCAAGGUCGUCAUACUACAACUGGAAGCACGAUCUCCUGAAAACCAGAGGUAACUUCUCCACUUCGUCUUCCACGGGGGAGAUAAGUCCUGGAGAGAGCACAGAGCAGGAGGCCUGGUCCUCACCCGAAGCAAAUCAACGUGAGUCAGACCAUCAUGAGAGCGUGGCCGGUCUAUUUGGCCUUGACUUGAGCAUUCUGGAUGCAGAGCGGGCUCAGAUCCUAACACACAUGCAAGAUGCUAAGCGCUGGCUUCAGAACUGCCUCGCUGUGAAUGCUUCCUUCCCCUUCAGGAUCUUCAAGAAAAACUUCCCAGGAAUCUCAAGAUCAACCUACUACAACUGGAGGAGAGAAGCCAUGCUCAUUAUUGGUGGCCACAAAGGCAACAUUGGCAGCAGUGAGGACAGUUCGGAUGCUGACAAGAGCCAGAGCCCAAAAGAUCAGUCAUCGGUGCUGCCCGGCACUGACCAGCCUGUUGUUCCAAGAACAAGGAUCCAGAGACCGAAACACAGAAGUUUCAUGAUGGCAUACAUAAGCAAGAAACAGCUAAGAGAAGCUGCGAAGUUGCACGUUCAGAAGUCCCACUGGUCCCUGAUGAAGUUCAAGCUGAAGUUCCCAUACAUGUCCUCAUGUUUUUACUGGUUGUGGCGUGGCAACUUGAACCUCAAGGCCAAGCAGAGGAUGAUCCCCCAGAUUGCCGAGACACCCAGAGACCCCGUCCCUCAGAGCCCGCAGAUCACAAGCAAUGACAACAAGAUGAUGGAGGGUCGUCAAGAGGUCCCGCAUGUCGAGAACCCCAGGUGUGUGCAGAAUUUCUCUGUGUCUGCUUUCGACGGCUCACAUCUGAGGCUCCCCUUUCCCAUAAGGCCGUCCACAAAUGAGCAGAGGUUUUCAGCAGAUGUCGUGGCUCUUGCCAACUUCAAGGCCAGAGCCAAGCUCUUCCUCCAACAACGCUUCCAGGAGAAGUCUUUCCCCACGUUUAAAGAGUUUCGUUCUUACUUCCCUUUCACUGCACGCUCAACGUACUACAUGUGGAAGCGCGCUUUGUACCACGGGGUGUCACUGGUCCAUGGGUAAAAUGGGAAAUGCCUUAAUUACCACUUAAACUACCUACAUGCUGUGAACUUCACAUGUUAAACAAGUGUUAGCGGACUUAGCAUCUAAAUGCAUUGUGCCCAUCCUCUGUCUCACCAUCUCAGACCAGUUCUUCCUCGUGGACAUUUGCACAUGUUAAAAAAAUGCUGUGGGUCUGUUUAAAACCCUGCAUUUUGCCCCAGAGGCAAAAGGCAGUUCAAAGCUGGGGCUGAGUGGCAUUUUAUUUAAAGCCCUCCUUCAUUCUUUAAAUUCUGGUUUUUUGAAUUUGAGAGCUCUGCCCUUUAUCUAUUUUCUUUUUUGCUUUUUAUUAUUGUGUGUUCAAGCCUUUUUCUAAUGUAAACUCUGCAUGUAACAAUCUGAGAGAAGAGAUUUGUUGCAGUUUGAGGAAUUUCCCUCCCCUCCCCCCCACAUAAGUAAAGAGCUAUCUGUAUUUUAUUUCCUGAGAAAUGCCUCUUUUGUUUAGACAAUCCUAUUUUUUUUUCUCAGAUUAAUGCCACCACUCAGGGAUUUACUUGACGCUUUGAAGUGGCCAUGCAAGGAUUUUUUUUUUUUGCAUUUUAUAGCAAUCAAAGUUGAAUUUUAGCACACUAGAUUUGCACUAAAAUGGUUCCCAUUUCAUUGUUGAAUGUAUCACUUUAACCAGUAAGCACACUCUGGUUAGGUUUUGAACAAUUCCACUUUUAAGGAAAAUACUUGAAGCAGAAUAUAGAUGAAUGUAUUUUUUUAUUUUUUUGUACACUUCAUUUCAAAACUACCUAUUUACRCUGGAAGCUUUGUCUUUUGGCAGCUUCUCUUUUUGUACUGUUUUGCAAACCGAUGUGUGUUUUAUUAACUUGUCAAUGCAAAAUCCCUGAAUGAUCCUUUUUCAUUAUACAUUUAUACUCCCAUGUAUUUAUUUUCUUGUGUUUKGUAUCUAAUUUCUGUUAACACUGGCAUUUAUGUUAAGUCAGUAGAUCUGUAGUAAUAGACUUUGAAUAAGUAAACUUUCAUUAAAUAACAUUGAGCUUU